AUGGGGCAGAAGGAAAGCAAAGUAGACAGCGCGUUGGCAGGCAUCUGUGGCCUUCAAGUUGCGCGCGUGUUGCCGCGCAGCCCCGCUCAUAACGCGGGCCUAGUUCCUUUUUUUGAUAUUAUCACCGCCAUUGACGAUGCUCUUUUUGCAAACGGCGCGGAUGCCGUGAUGCAGUUCAGGUCUCGUGUGUCACAGCGAGUAAAUCAGCAGUUGAGCUUGAGGGUGUACAAUUUGCAUGUGCGCGCCUACAGAGAGGUGGUGUGCACUCCUUCCUCUUCCUGGGGCGGCACCGGGCUGUUGGGAUGCAGUAUAGAGUGGUGCCGCGCGGAAGAGUGCGGCGAGCGCAGCUGGCACAUUGUGGACGUUCUCCCUGGGACUCCGGCAGCCCUUUGCGAGGAGAUUGAUGCGGGGCGGGACUACAUCAUUGGUAUGCAGCGAGCAGAGGAGCCAGUGGUCACACUUCUAAAGGAUGAGGACGACUUCCACGGGAGGGUGGAGCUGUGGCGCAGUCUUCAGCGAGUGAUGCUCCAACGUCUGGCUCGCAACUCAAAGAGCCUUCCCCAAGGGGCCGACGGCACAGCCGCAGUGGGUGCCAACAUUGGCAGGCUGAUACUUCUCAUAUACAACUCUGCGACGAAUGAGGUCAAGGAGGUAGCGGUGGAUUUAGGUCCCGAGGUGGAUGCGCCGUUGGGACUAGACUUAGCGGCGGGGCUGUUGCACUCGCUACUCGUCUCCUCCCCAACUGAGGGAUGCAAAAACAUCAGCGACGGCAAUGGCGGCGCGGAGAGCAACAACACGGAUAACGGAACUUCGAGCACAAACAGGAAGGGUGAACUGCCACGCAUGACGACUUUCUUGCUACCUUCGGGAGAGACACAGAGGUGCCUGCCGAUGGCGCCGUCAGAAACGCUUCCAGUAGUGAGUAAGGGGCGGGACCCCCGUGCCGAGCCAGCGACGCCUUUGCCAGCGCAACCGCUGGCGCCGCCUCCUGCAGCGCACACAACGCCGGUGCAACCUGCCCUUCAUAGCCUUCCAAUGCCUCCGCCUAAGCCGGUCGCGGAAAAAGAGAGGGAGACGCAGGGGCAAGAUUAUUUCAUGGCACCGUAUGCCGUGGGAAUGAAGGCUGCCAUGCCGGCAGAAGCGAAGACGGAAGUCGGUGUGUCGAGUGGUCUGCCCGUUACUCCUUUGGGGCGCCCUACGAUCCCAGUCAUUUCCCGGAGUCGUCCCACAGCUGCUGUUGGUAAUGGUGUUGAGGGAGUGCCACAUGCGCACGUAGGCCCAGAGACCGUGGCGGCUCAAGCGCCGCUGCCAGUCACGAAGCAAAAAGAGCACAAGCUAGCAAUGCAGGAAGGCAAAGAGCCACCAAUUAUAAACCCUAGCAGCUUGCAGUGCAGCGGACCCGUUGCUGACGUCGUUUCGACGUCUAAUGCAUCGCUUACUGCCGACACAACUCUGCAUCCGCCGCAGCUUCCCGCGUUUCCCAAACUUCCGCCGCCACUACAUUUUCCAAUCAUACGUCCAGCGUCACCUACGGGAAAGAAAUAA